AUGGGCAUCAAAGGACUUCAUGGGCUUCUCAAGUCCAUACAGAAGCCAUGUCAUCUCAAGAAGUUCAAUGGGCAGACACUUGGAGUCGACGCAUAUGGAUGGCUGCAUCGCGGUACCGUUGCUUGUUCUGUGGAUCUGGUCCUAGACAAUCCUACUAGGAAGCACAUUGACUUUGUCCUCAAUCGAGUCCGCAUGCUUCUCUUCUUUGGAGUCAAGCCAUACCUCGUCUUCGAUGGCGAUAAUCUGCCCAGCAAGUCAGGCACCGAACAGGAUCGAUAUCGGCGGCGUCAGGAAAGCAAGGCACUUGGCCUUGAAUUACAACGGAAAGGGAGAAUGCCUGAAGCUUAUCAAGAGUUUCAGAAGGCCGUCGACGUUACACCAUAUAUGGCCCGUCAGUUGAUCGAAGAAUUGAAGCAAAUGAACGUGCAAUAUGUUGUGGCCCCCUACGAGGCAGAUGCACAAUUGGUGUAUCUUGAGCAACAAGGCGACAUUGACGGCAUCAUAUCCGAAGACUCGGAUUUACUUGUUUUUGGAGCAAAGCGAUUGAUUUCGAAAUUGGACCAACAUGGGGAAUGCAUUGAGAUAAACCGCGCUGAUUUCACCGCUUGCCGUGAAGUGAGCUUGGUUGGCUUUAGCGAUUUGGAUUUCAGGAACAUGUGCAUUUUGAGCGGUUGUGAUUAUUUGGCAAAUAUUCCUAAGAUGGGGCUGAAGACAGCCUACCGAAUUGUUCGCAAACACCGGAGUGUUGAGAAAGCCUUACGCAUGCUACAAUUCGAAGGGAAUUUCCGUGUCCCGGCUGACUAUCUGGCCAACUUCAGACAGGCAGAGUUGACGUUCCUCUACCAGCGUGUCUUUUGUCCCAAAGCCCAAAGGCUGGUGACUUUGACACCACCGGACGAGGAUAUUAUCUUGGACACAUUGCCAUUUAUUGGCGCUGAUAUGGAGCCGGAAAUCGCAGUCGGGGUUUCCCUUGGCGAUCUGGAUCCAACUACCAAGGAACCAAUCAUACUCAAGCCACUGGCCGCAGGGAGAUUGUCCCUUGGCAUCAAUCGCCGACAGACAUUGGGUUCGUCUUCUGAGCUCAAACCGAGGAGACCCAUCAAUUCGUUCUUCACCCCGAAGCGAACCCCGCUAGCUGAGCUGGACCCUAACAGUUUGACUCCGUCUCCAAGCCAGCAGCGCCUCUUGGAGCGCAAUUCAAACAACUCCUGGCAGGCUAACCCAGCACCCUUUCGCUCUAACUCGGUUAGAUCCACGCCUCUUAGGGCGUUUUCUGACCAGGGACUGAGUCCCAUGAUUCGAAGCGUUGAACGCUCUUCCUUCCUAGCCCAAAGUGCAAGAUCAUCGACCUUGCAGCCCACAAAGAGGCAAAGACUCUGCUCUGAGACUGAAGACUCCUUGCCUGCAUGUUCGCCGGCUCGCAGCCGGUUCUUUGCUCCUACCUCCGAGCAGGCUAGCCCGAGCGGUCAGAAGCUCUUCCGGUCUAAAAGAUCACGUAACUCAGUGGUCGGCAUCUUCUCUGAUGAAGCAGCAGAAGACAUAAUGUCGAACUUACCUGAUCCCAGUACCCCUACUGGGCGGGCUGGGUCUCGACAUGAGAGCAACAUCGAAAUAUCUGGCGAGCCCAAAGAACAGCAAACUCCAUCCAAAGAUACUGCCCACGAGGGCCAGAUCACCGCCAAUGCUGAAGAACCCGAGCAAGCCCCUCUGGGCAACGGACCCGAUUCUCCUGGUUUCAAAGACGCUCUCGACUUUCACGUUGGCCGACAGAACUCUAGUGUACUCUCCAAGUUCACCUUUCAAGCAGAGCACAAGCCCGACCCUACUUCAGCUCGGUCCAUCAUGACGAAAGUCCCUGCGAUUCUGCCUUCUGAAAAGCUUGCGACUCCCUCGAGUUCCAAGAGUCCAGCUGCAAUUGCUCGGAGCAAUGCCAUCCAGCGACGAUUGACGCCGCUCCAGCGAAUCGGUAUGGCCGCUCUCAGUCGGUCUAAUAGUAUCAACAUUCCCACGAAGCUUCGGGAUGCGGAAAGUGCUGGGUCCGAGCCUCAGGCUCAGGCAAGUUCUCCCGUCACAAAAGGUUUCUCUUUUUCAGGAGCGCAAGGCAGCGAAGAUCUCAUUGUUCCGGACAGCGAGGAGGACGAGGAUCUUGAGGAUGAGCCUAGCACAGGGCGCCCCACCCUCGACCUCAAACGCUUUUCGUUUACACCAAAUUAG